AGCAAAGUAGCUGAAGAAGGACGCAGUCAUGGUUGCUGUACGAAUAAGGGAACAGCGGACUGAAUUUAGAGGGGAGACAGGGUGUGUCGCAGUUCAGGGGCUGCUAGAAUCAACAGAUUAAUCUCUUGUCUGAGGCGGCUGCAUCCUUCAAAGGCCGGAUUUCAGGGCCGAAUACGUCACAGCGAGGCGACGAAGGCUAGCCCAGCUCCCCCAGAUGCACCCUUCUUUUCCCGGAUUGGAAGGACACCGGCGGGUGUGUCCUUCGCCGGCCACCCUAUCCCAAGAUUCACAGCGCGGCGGUGGCGGAGCGAAAUGGUGGACGUGUCAGUCGAAGCGACCCAGGAAAAAACUUUAAAAAAUCUCCUAGACCAACAUGACUGUAAGGAAGAGGAGGGACAGCAGGCCUGUAACCAGGAGAGGAACUCCAGUCUGGAUCAGGAGGACCCAGAGCCUCCACAGAUUAAAGAGGAACAGGAGGAAGUCUGCAGCAGUCAGGAGAGAGAGCAGCUUGGAGUGAAGUGGGAGCCUGAAGGCCUUAUCAUCUGGACCGGGGAGGAACGGCUCAGACUGCUGGAGACCAUCUGGAAACCUGAGAUAAAGUUACACAGAAUAGACCUCCAACAGCAACAUGUCUGUAAGGAGGAAGAGGAUCUGACAGAGCAGCAGGUCUGUAACCAGGAGAGGAACUCCAUUCUUGACCAGGAGGACCCAGUUCCUCCACAGAUUAAAGAGGAACAGGAAGAACUCUGCAGCAGUCAGGAGGGAGAGCAGCUUGGAGUGAAGCAGGAGAUUGAUUCCUUUAUAUUGACUUAUGAGGAAAGUGACCAGAGUGAAACAGAACCACACAGUGAGCAGCUCCUUUCUCACAGCUCUCCUGAAGCAGAGAGCCAAGAUGAGGAAGAAAGCCACCAUGUGGACUCAGGAUCAACUAGAAACGAAGAGCUGAAGACAAGGAGACAUCACAGAAAGAGAAGUCACAAUCAGAGAGUAGACAAUGUGCCUGUAUCAGAGAGUCAGAUUCAAACUGAUACAAGGAAAAAGUCUCUACAAUGUGACACUUGUGGAAAAACUUUUCAUUAUAAACACCACCUAAUUACACAUUUGAGAGUUCACACAGGUGAGAAGCCACAUUGUUGUAACACGUGUGGGAAAAGAUUUGCUGACUUAUCAACAUUUACAAGACACAUGCGCCUUCACACAGGUGAGAAACCAUAUUCUUGUAGCACCUGUGGGAAAGAUUUUAAUCAGAGGAUAACAUUGAAAACUCAUAUGAGAAUUCACACAGGUGAAAGGCCACAUUGUUGUAGCAUCUGUGGGAAAAAAUUUGCUGAUUUAUCAACAUUUGUAAGACACACAAGAGUUCACACAGGUGAGAAACCAUAUCCUUGUAGUACCUGUGGGAAAAGAUUCAUUCAGAAGUCAUAUUUGAAACAUCAUGUAAGAAUUCAUACAGGUGAGAAGCCAUAUCCUUGUGGUGCCUGUGGGAAAAGAUUCAUUCAGAAAUCAGAUUUGAAACAACAUGUAAGAACGCACACAGGUGAGAAGCCAUAUCUUUGUUGUACCUGUGGGAAAAGAUUCAUUCAGAAGGGGAACUUAAAGACGCACAUGAGAAUUCAUAUUAGUUGAGUUUUAUCAGGGUUAUAGCCAGAAAAUUACAUCCUUCUCCUAGAAACUCCAUGAAUUCUCUAAGUUGUUUACAUGCUUCUGAUUUAGAGGGAAUCCAGUGGGUUUACACAGAUUAAUUUUUAAUGCUGAAAUCAAAUCAAACUAAAUUCUUCAGGAGAGUCUACUGCUUUGUUGACUUCAUGUUUGAAGAAUAAAGUUGUGUCACCAACAAACUGACUCUAUUUCAGCUGUUUCCCGUAACAUUAUAGCAUGUAGCCGUUUUCUCUGUUCAAACACGUGUCCACUGUGAGUGUGAUCUGGUAUAAUACAAUGAUAACGGUACAACAAUCAGAGAAACAGAUGGCUGUUUUUGUGAUAUAU